AUUAUAGUUUUUACUAUCCUAUAUUAAACUUGCUAGCACAAGUUUAAUCUUGGACUCUGGAGCAAGUUCGUGUGGAUACGUUGGAGGCUUCAUACGUUUGGCGCUACGUUCAUCUCCUCAAAACCAUCCCCGACCGUUCCUCCGUUCUCCGUUUUCACCGUUAAGGUAAAUUUCUUACUAUAGCUAGUAAUUUACGUAAGUUGUUCUUGGGUGGAAUCGAGUUUUGGACUAUAAAUUUUUGUUUUCCGCUGCGUUAUCCAAGCCUCGUUUUCCAACACUCAGAACCUAUGACAUGAGCUGAUGAAGAAGAAGGAAGAACAAGUCACUCCCUUCCCCACGGCAUUGAUGACAACUCCCAGAGUCCCAUAGAGUGACGGGACAUGACCAAGGAACUGUGACACACCUUCCUCCAGCCCUCCGUCAAGCUCGAGAAUGGAGAACUAUGAUGAGAAUUUGCCAUGAUGGUCAAACAAUUCCAGAAGUUCAAGAAGUUGUUCAAGAAACUGACUUAGUCAGAAGGCCAUCCAAGGGAAAGCCACAGGUAAGUGACUCCCCUCCUGAAUCUUAUUUAUGUUAUAACUGCAGGAAACCUGGUCAUUGGAAGUCACCGUGCCCGUAUCCAAAGGUGGAGAAGUACGGAGAAAGAGAAAGGAACGAAAAGAAGAAGAAAGCAAUGGUUGCAGCUGAAAGUGACGAGUCAUCCAGCUCAAGCUCGGAUGAAGAAGCCCUCGUCUGCAUGGAGCGCAGAGCUGAGAAGUCCAACCAUGAGGAUCGGUGGACUAUUUCAGAAGAUGACACUCUCGUUCUUAUGGCCAAAGAUGAUGCCGAACAAGAGGUAACUUCUCAAACCUUCUGUUCAUCUUCUUAUGAAAGCGUACCAACUUCUGAAAGUCUUUUUGACAAGUUCAAAAAGAUGAUGAAAGAUUUUGAGGAAAUAAAUCUCAAACACUCAUCCUUAACAGAGGAGAACAGGCUACUGAGUGAAGAGAAUCUCAAGUUGACUGAAGGUUGGAAAAGUCAACUAGAUGAGAUCACUCAACUCAAGACUGAAAAUAAGUCUCUCUCUGAAAAGGUGAAAUCCCUCAACAAGGAGCUUAGGAUACUUAAGUCCAAAGAAGCAGUGGAUAAGCUUCUUGAAGCGACUAAACAAAAGGGUCAUGAAGGACUUGGGUUUGUCCCCUCCAGUUCCAAGAGAAAAGGGAGAACAACUUUCAUUCCUCCUAAACCUACCGCCAAACCCAAUAAGCAGAAAGGAAAGGAAAAGGAGAAACCCACAGAAGUUCCCAAAAAAGACAAGGAUGAAGAAAUCAAUGAAGGAGAUAUAAUGAAGCCUACGGAGUUCAUUCCAUUCGGAAGUUUACCACUGAAGACUUCACGAAGAAAUCCGGAUUCAGACGGUGUUGAGCCUACCGAAAAUCAUGGCCAGCCUUCCAUUAUUCCGGAUCACUCAAACGACGACAAUUUCGGAAAAGGUGAACACCAAGUUCCUACUCCAAUGGACAAACUCACCACCGAAGACAAGAAAAAACUCUCCUUGAAUGCCAAAGCAUUGAACGUGUUGUUUUGUGCCUUGGGACAAGAUGAGUUUGCUAGGGUGAGCUCUUGCAAAUCCGCAAAGGAAGCAUGGAAGCUCCUAGAAGCCACCCAUGAAGGAGAUAAAGACACAAAAGCUACCAAGAUAGCUUUAGGAACAUCCGAGUAUGAAAACUUCAAGAUGAAGGCCGGAGAAUCCGUUCAAGAUAUGAACAAGCGAUUCAACCUCAUUGUCAACAAUUUGAGUGGGUUCAAGGCUUACGCCGACCCACAUAUCAUUGCGGGGAGAACCCUUAAACAAGAUGACAUCCCGGUUCCCGUUCUUGAACUAAUUCAAGAACAAGGUUGGAGUUUCUUUCUUCAACUCCAAGCCCCCGUUUACCCGGACCUCGUUCAUCAUUUCUAUUCUUCUAUGAAAUACUAUCCCGAAGACCCUUCCAUUACUGCCGUAGUUGCUGGAAAAACCUUCGGAUUCAACACCCAAAACCUUUCCGAAUGGUUCAUCCUUCUCAAAAUCCUCAAAGAAAAUGUCAUCCCGGUCCUUAACAAAGAUAAACAAGUUGGGGUUUAUGAAUACACUCUUCUAUAUUGGCUCCUAACUCACAAGAAAAUCAAUCUCCCUUCCAUCAUCCUAAAACACAUGUACGAAUGUUCCGGUCGCCAAAACAAACCCUAUGGCAUGCUUCUUACCCACAUCUUUGCCAAGAGGGAAAUUCUUGAGGUGCGCCCUUCUCGUGUCCGCUAUCUUGAUGUGGAGUGCCUUGGCUAUUGUAGCCUUGUGAAGAUUGGAGAAGCGUACUACAUGAAGAAGGAGUUUCAAAAUCUUGAUGAAGCUACACGAGCGGAGUAUGGCCCUCGACGAUCCUUGUCCUCUGUGCCAUCUACUUCACGAGCACCCCGGGCCAAAGCCGCAGAAAAUGCCAACAUGGAUGUCCCCGUUCGUGCUCCUAGGGUCAAACGCUCAAAGUCGGCGUCUCAUGCUUCUUCGGCCUCUCUAUUGCACCGUCACUCUCAAAUGGCUUCCACUUCCAAAAACCCCUUCAAGAAGUUCAAGAAAUUCAUCCUCAAGACCGUAGUGGCUCCGAUGAAGAAAAUUCAAGAAAGCCUUGAUGACCUCUCGGGUCGGAUGAAGAAGAUGGAGGACCGUGAGAAUCGCCAAAAGCAAAAUGAGGAUCGUGCUUCUAGACGUCGUGCUAAGUAUUGAGCAUUUGACAAAAUGAUCAAACAUUCACUUAUCUAUGUUUAAAAAAAAAAUUAUUAUGUAUUUUGUUUUAUGUUUCAACCUCCUAUCAUGUCUUAUGUUUAAAACUCGUACUUAUGCACUUUUAUCAUUGUUAACCCUUUUAUGAUUAUGCUUAUGAUCCACUUGAACGCCUAUAAUUGUUGCCAUAAUGAAUGUCAUUGUGUUGA